UUGCAGGGCAUGGUGCAGGAAGGGUGACAUUAUGGCCUGCAACCUUUGGCCAGCAAGUUUGUUUUUAGAAGGAGCUGAAGAGAAAGACAAAAACGGCAGAAAAGUCAGGUCUAGGAGACAUACACCUGCUCUAUCAAUUAUCCUAUUUUGUACAGGUUUUCCCUCAGGACACAGAGAUGGGCCCGUGGAGCUGCAGCCUCUUUGUGGUGUUUUUUCUUUGUGGAGCUUUUAUCAGAGAAGCACAUCCAGCUACUAUAUAUGAUGUGGAGGGACACAAAGAUGCUCAGAGACAUCUUCUGAUGGAAAAAGAAGAUCUCACCAACAGUAACAGUACUGGAAUUCAAAAGGCAUCCAGUCCAGAUCAGGGCCCAAAGUCUCUGGAGUGGUCCUAUCUGGCUGCAGGACUGGGCACAGCCCUCACCAUCUCACUCCUCAUCGUGAUGGCUGUCAAGUUUCGCCUCUUCCACCGCUUCUUGGCCAGCUACAGACACUCCCUGCUCCAAGAGGCUGACGGGGUCAGCCAGUAUGGCCAGGAGGAGGCAUCCUUCCCUAACAGUGUGUUGGGUAGAAUGGAAGGGAUUGGGGGGACUCGAAGAGGACUGGAUGAAGAUGAUGAUGGCUUCAUUGAGGAUAACUAUAUCCAGACCAGUGAGAAAGACAGGGCAGAGAGAGAAAGAGAGGAGGAGGGAGAGGAGGAAGGGAUAGAAGACAGUGAAGAUGAUCUUGAGUUCACUAUAGGGUGAUUAGAUAAAGGGAGACUUCAUCAAAAACAGCUGGCUUAAAACUAAGAUAAAAUAACACUAUAGAGAUCUUGAUUGACAGUCGACAGUAAAGCAGUGAUUCUGAACCUUUCUGGCUUGUGCCCUCUUAAAAUGAAUCAUUGUCUACUUGCAACUUCUUGUCACACCUUGCAUAUGUCUAUGAACUGUGAGUGGUUCCACCAAAGAGUGAGUUCCCCUCAAAAAGUCUCAUAUUGUUUCAUUUAAACAAUUGUUAUAGGCCUGUAUAGAUAUACAGUGGUGUGAAAAAAUGUUUGCCCCCUUCCUGAUUUUUUUUUUUUUUUUGCAUGUUUGUCACACUUAAGUAAACACAAAAUGCAGUUUUUAAAUGAAGGUUGUUAUUAUUAAGGGAAAACAAAAUCCAAACCUACAUGGCCCUGUGUGAAAAAAUGAUUGCCUCACCUGUUAAAACAUAACAUAACUGGUUUAUCACACCUGAGUUCACAUCCAGGUCUGAUUACUGCCACACCUGUUCUCAAUCAAGAAAUCACUUAAAUAGGACAAUGAUCUAAAAAGCACCAGCAAGUCCACCUCUGAAUGGCUGAAGAAGAACAAAAUGAAGACUUUGGAGUGGCCUAGUCAAAGUCCUGACCUGAAUCCUAUUGAGAUGCUGUGGCAUGACCUUAAAAAGGCAGUUCAUGCUCGAAAACCCUCCAAUGUGGCUGAAUUACAACAAUUCUGCAAAGAUGACACAGCACUGUAAAAGACUCAUUGCAAGUUAUUGCAAUAUUGCAAAUGCUUGAUUGCAGUUGUUGCUGCUAAGGGUGGCCCAACCAGUUAUUAGGUUUAGGGGGCAAUCACUUUUUCACACAGGGCCAUGUAGGUUUGGAUUUAGUUUUCCCUUAAUAAUAACAACCUUCAUUUAAAAACUGCAUUUUGUGUUUACUUGUGUUAUCUUUGACUAAUAUUUAAAUUAGUUUGAUGAUCUGAAACAUUUAAGUGUGACAAACAUGCAAAAAAAUAAGAAAUCGGGAAGGGGCAAACACUUUUUCACACCACUGUAUAUACAUAAAAAAGAAAACAACUUUUUUCCUCUUCCAAUCAAUCAUUUCGCAGCCCCUAAGAUGAUCUUGUGACCCCUUGGAGGGGUCCCGGCCCAUAGCUUUGGAUCUGUUGAAAGUGCACAGUGGAUAUAUUAUAAAUGUGAAAACUGAAUGAGUCACAGUUGCUUCAAAACUUCUGAAGCUGCAAUAAUGGUUGGACUUGUGUCCAAAAUAAGCUAAUUUAAAUAGUGUAUGAUGAGAGUAAUAAUGAAAAUGUAUAAACAGAAUUAAAUUGAUUUUUUGAAAAAUGUUA